AUGAAAGAUGACAAAGUCGACCGGCGCGACGGGGAGAUGGAGGUUGUCGAAACCUACCAGAACUAUGUGGCUAAGCUGCACAUCCAGGCCAACCGGCGGCCACAGAAGCGGCUGUUUCUCGACAUCAACGCCGUACAGGAAGAGAUAGACGCGCUCCUGGUGAUGGGAAAUUGCCAGCGGGUGGUCGUCAACAACUUCAUGAGAUUGAUAUGGUCGUGGUCGUUCCACCUCCCUGACCCGACUCGUAUGGACUUGCACCUAAUCGAGGGCCGUUAUGCGAGAUCACACAUGAACAAGCGAGCGACCGUCAACCCCGAUUUGCUGACGCUCUGGGAGAAAACCACAGCUUUGAAGGAAAAUGUCAAGCAGACCGUCGAGGUUCUCGAGGAGAACCAUGGAAAAUCCACCCGAGUGUUUACUAUCGUCACGCUCUUUUUCUUGCCACUGUAG